AGAAAUUGAUGUAAAGCCUGGGUUUGGUAUGAAACCUACAUCCCCGGGUUCUUCUGACGAUAGAUUGUCAUUACUUGAACAGCGUAAUAGCCCAACGGAAACGAGUACAAUCAAUUCAAUGACAGAUAUCAACGAAAUUAUUAAUGUUGAAGAUUCUCAUUCGCCUUUCUUUUUACCACCUUUAAAGGACAUCCCUAUAGUAACUUCUAAAGGAUCAAGUAUGCCAACUUCACCUCCAGCUUCAACUACAGAAAAUGAUUCAACGGAUGUUGAAUUCGAGCAUAAUAUCAAAUCAAGUACAUUCGUGUCAACAAUCUCGUCGACGCUGUCAGUAGAUAAUGAUUCCAAUGAAUCUGAUGCUCAAUUCUUAAAAACAAAAAUUAAAGAAGAUAUGAAAGAUAGCAUUCUGAAAGAAAUUGAUGUAAAGCCUGGGUUUGGUAUGAAACCUACAUCCCCGGGUUCUUCUGACGAUAGAUUGUCAUUACUUGAACAGCGUAAUAGCCCAACGGAAACGAGUACAAUCAAUUCAAUGACAGAUAUCAACGAAAUUAUUAAUGUUGAAGAUUCUCAUUCGCCUUUCUUUUUACCACCUUUAAAGGACAUCCCUAUAGUAACUUCUAAAGGAUCAAGUAUGCCAACUUCACCUCCAGCUUCAACUACAGAAAAUGAUUCAACGGAUGUUGAAUUCGAGCAUAAUAUCAAAUCAAGUACAUUCGUGUCAACAAUCUCGUCGACGCUGUCAGUAGAUAAUGAUUCCAAUGAAUCUGAUGCUCAAUUCUCAAAAACAAAAAUUAAAGAAGAUAUGAAAGAUAGCAUUCUGAAAGAAAUUGAUGUAAAGCCUGGGUUUGGUAUGAAACCUACAUCCCCGGGUUCUUCUGACGAUAGAUUGUCAUUACUUGAACAGCGUAAUAGCCCAACGGAAACGAGUACAAUCAAUUCAAUGACAGAUAUCAACGAAAUUAUUAAUGUUGAAGAUUCUCAUUCGCCUUUCUUUUUACCACCUUUAAAGGACAUCCCUAUAGUAACUUCUAAAGGAUCAAGUAUGCCAACUUCACCUCCAGCUUCAACUACAGAAAAUGAUUCAACGGAUGUUGAAUUCGAGCAUAAUAUCAAAUCAAGUACAUUCGUGUCAACAAUCUCGUCGACGCUGUCAGUAGAUAAUGAUUCCAAUGAAUCUGAUGCUCAAUUCUCAAAAACAAAAAUUAAAGAAGAUAUGAAAGAUAGCAUUCUGAAAGAAAUUGAUGUAAAGCCUGGGUUUGGUAUGAAACCUACAUCCCCGGGUUCUUCUGACGAUAGAUUGUCAUUACUUGAACAGCGUAAUAGCCCAACGGAAACGAGUACAAUCAAUUCAAUGACAGAUAUCAACGAAAUUAUUAAUGUUGAAGAUUCUCAUUCGCCUUUCUUUUUACCACCUUUAAAGGACAUCCCUAUAGUAACUUCUAAAGGAUCAAGUAUGCCAACUUCACCUCCAGCUUCAACUACAGAAAAUGAUUCAACGGAUGUUGAAUUCGAGCAUAAUAUCAAAUCAAGUACAUUCGUGUCAACAAUCUCGUCGACGCUGUCAGUAGAUAAUGAUUCCAAUGAAUCUGAUGCUCAAUUCUUAAAAACAAAAAUUAAAGAAGAUAUGAAAGAUAGCAUUCUGAAAGAAAUUGAUGUAAAGCCUGGGUUUGGUAUGAAACCUACAUCCCCGGGUUCUUCUGACGAUAGAUUGUCAUUACUUGAACAGCGUAAUAGGCCAACGGAAACGAGUACAAUCAAUUCAAUGACAGAUAUCAACGAAAUUAUUAAUGUUGAAGAUUCUCAUUCGCCUUUCUUUUUACCACCUUUAAAGGACAUCCCUAUAGUAACUUCUAAAGGAACAAGUAUGCCAACUUCACCUCCAGCUUCAACUACAGAAAAUGAUUCAACGGAUGUUGAAUUCGAGCAUAAUAUCAAAUCAAGUACAUUCGUGUCAACAAUCUCGUCGACGCUGUCAGUAGAUAGUGAUUCCAAUGAAUCUGAUUCUCAAGGCUCAACAACAGAAGUUAUUAAGAGAUAGGUCACCAUGUAAUAUACGUAAAUGUUUUAUGUUUAGUCAUUAAAGUUGAUUUCACUGGAGUUUUAUUUUGACUUUUUAUGUAAGAGUCAUGUAGACGGAUCUUUUUUAUUCGAUAUUCUUUUGGUAUAUAAUAUAUAUUAAAUUGUUUUUCUUGUUUAGUUAUUACAAAUUAUUAUAUCUCUGACACAGUUCGCAACGGUUGCCAUUAUAAAUUACAUGCACGUAGCUACAGGUCUCAUUUUGUUUUUUUACCUAUAUUAUUGGUUUUUUUAUUGAUAUUUUUUUUUUUCAUUACUGAUGAUAUGCUUUUUUCAUGUGUUAUUGAUAUUAAUGUAUUUUAUUGUUUAUUUUUCAAUAUUUUGUAUUUAAAUUUUUGUAUCAUUUUUUUUUCUUAUACCUUAUUUUUUUUUUUUAUUUAUAUAUUGUUAUUGAAUUUUAUACCUAUUUUAUUUUAGUAUUUAAAUAAUCAUUUCUGAUCCCAUAGUUGAAUUUUAUUUUUCAUAAAAUAUUUAUUUAAGGUUUUUGUUUUCAUUAUAUUAUAUUCAUACCUACAUAUUUUAUCGAUAUUUUUUCAAUUGUGUAUAAUUCAAGUUUGUUAUUUUUUAUUGUUUUUUUUUUUUUAUUAUUAUUAUUAUUUUUAAUUUUUUGGAGU